GAAUCGGGAGGCUUUGCCGCGCAGGUGCCUGCGCCCUUCUCCCCGAGGCCCGCAGCAGGCGACGCGGCGCGCACCGUCCUGCAAGCUGGCGCGGGGGAACGAGCUGCUUCCCGGGUGGCCCAGGGGCGAGCCCAGCCGAGGUAAUGGAGCCAUGAGUAACAAUGAAGAGGAAACCACAUUUCUACAGAGGGGUGCUGAGCACCCCAACAGUCAUGAAGCGUUUUGUGCACUGUUUGCGAUGGACACAUCUCAGAAUCCAAGUUCAGAAAUGGUGUGUGAGAGCCAGCAAGUAGAUUCUUCUGAGGAGGGGCAAGAAAAGCCCACUGGUUGUGAAAGAAGUAUCCGGAAACGGAAGGACACCGUCGUUCACCAAAACAUUCUUCCAGGUGAGAAGCCGUAUAUCUGCGUUGAGUGUGGUCAGAGCUUCAAGCGGAGUUCGGACCUGGUUAGACAUCAUCUCAUCCACACAGGAGAGAAACCGUACGUGUGUGGAGAUUGCGGGAAGAGCUUCAACCGGCACUCCCACCUCAUCCAGCAUCGGCGGAUCCACACAGGGGAAAGGCCGUACAAGUGUCAAGACUGUGGGAAGACCUUUAGCCAGAGCACUCACCUGGUCCACCACCAGCGCAACCACACUGGAGAGAGGCCAUAUGUGUGUGGCAAGUGCGGGAGGCAUUUCUACCAGAACUCGGGUCUCCUUCGACACACCAAUUGCCACUUGGGGCGGAAGCCAUACCGGUGCCCCGAUUGUGGGAAAUGUUUCACUGACAACUCCAACCUGGUGGCACACCAGAGACUGCACACGGGGGAGAAGCCAUACAGAUGCCCAGACUGUGGGAAGUGCUUCAGAGAGAGCUCUAAGCUCUCUGUCCAUCGCCGAACCCACACAGGAGAAAAACCUUACAAGUGCUCAGAGUGCGGGAAAAGCUUCAGCCAGGGCUCGCAUCUUAUACAGCAUCGCCGGACCCACACAGGUGAAAAGCCCUUCCAGUGCACUGAGUGCAGGACCCGGUUCAGCGACAGGUCCACCCUCAUCAGGCACCAGAGAACCCACACAGGGGAGAAGCCAUUUCAGUGUGGGCAGUGUGGUAAAAUCUUCAGUCGCAACGCCUAUCUCGCUGCCCACCGAAGAGUGCAUAAGUGCACAGCUGAAAGUGGUCGACUCGAGAACAGAGGGAAGAAAUAAAAAGUCAUGUCCUGAGAAGGUUACCCUUGGCUGUUUAGCUCAGCACCAGAUGCAGAUAAAGACAGGAGGAAUUCUUUAAUCGUCUGCGGUAUGGGUAGCACCUGGUUGAACACUCUGGUGAGCCCUUAAUGGCUCGGAUGCUCUCUGCCAUGCAGUGGGCAGACUAAAACGGGACAGUGGGCCAAGACGAAGGCGAAGAAGGGUCAAAGUGGUGACAAAGUAUGUGUUUUGUGAGAUGAAGUGUGGACUUGGUUAACUAGAGUAUCUAGAAACAAUGAUAAUGCUGUAUCAAGGCUAAACGAUGGUGCUGAGCCUUCAUACUGUUCUUUAGUGAAUGGGAAAGCAGCAGAGAAGCAGGUAAACACACCAGCUCACUUCCAGCCAUCAAGUGUUCUGUAUUGCUGACCCCAGGGCUCUGGCCCUGCAACUGCUGGAUUACCUCAUGGUGGUCUCCAGUCGUGUCUUGACUGCAUUUGGGAUAGAGCCCUUGUAGUGAAAGGCACAUCUUGUCCAGUUGUGCUGUUUUAAAAAACAAGGCUUGAUCUAUGCUCUUCCCACUGCAGGGGCAGCUGCUGUGUGGGAGGGGAUCAGAAAAGGGGCCAGCGGAGGCCUCCAAGCUAGGCACCUUAGUGGCUAGUUCCCUGAGGAGGAGCAAAGGCAAACCAUAGAGUUCCAACGAAGUUAUGUCCAGGCCUGGGUCAAGAAUGCUGGUUGACAUGUGCAGCUGAAGAAGAAGAUUCUCUAUCCCGUUUUUCCCAUUUGAUGCUGCUGCAGCCAUUCUUAUAGAAAGGCUUUUCUGUCGGGGUGGGGGGAUGAUUUUGGCAGAUUUCCUCUCCUAUGGCAGAUUUUCAGCUUGGGCCCCUCCACAUAUGCACAUGUGCUCUUCUGAGGGCAAAUAAAACUGCAGUGUGGGGCGGGGGGGGAGAGUUGCCUUCUUUUAGGGCGAUUCCACUUACACUGCUUAGAAAGCAAGCUUUUAUGUUUCGGUUCUGUCUAACAUCAUGACACGGACCUUUGUUCACAAUUGGACUGGAAACUUUCAACAGUUAUUUUUUUACGUUGGAUUUGAAUAGGAAAGUACCACCAUCCACGCCAAGGAAAGGGUCUGAGUGUCUCUAUCAACCUCUCUGCACGUGUUUUGAUUCCAGCCCUGUGUUCAGAUUGUGUUUUCCAACAAUAAAACGGCUGACUGUGUUUGCUGACGGAAAAAAAUGGACUGAGUUCUGGAGACCAGGGUGGUGCUUGACUCUGGAGCUCCACGUUUUUCUGUGGCAAGCGUGGAGCUCCCAGACCUGUGC